AUGCGUUCCGAAGGUCCAUUCUGGAAUUGUCACCACAUGUGCCAGGCACACCGACCAUCACUCAAGCGAGCUCCCUGCCGACUCACGGCGCUGGACGACGUGCUAUUGCAUCAGAUCCUGCUCUUCUCGAGCGCACGAGAUGUUGAGGCACUGGUCGUGGCAGCACGUGUCGUUUCCCAAAGCGUACUGCCGCGCUUUCCAGACGUCUGGCGCGAUCUCUUCGCACAGCGCUGGGCGACUCUUAAUUUCCCGCUGGACGUCGAGGCCACGCUCGAGAUAGAGCCGAAACUAUGCGCGCUCUUCCCCAAAUGCACGAGCGAGAGCCGCAUGUUCCAAUUGCUGACGCACGCUAUUGUACCCGUCCCGUCAUACGCGGAUCUGGAUCAGACCAGGCGGUUCCAAGGCUACAGCGAUGUCAAACACCAGAUUCAGUCGCUGCACGAGGCGGACACGAGACCGUCACACGUCGUUCGCUUUGCGUUUAGCGGGGACGAAAUGGGCGAUGACCGCAGUGUGCGGGCCAACGUGCCUUUCCCGCCAGGAUUCCACGUUGCAGUGUUCAAGCGGCGUGAUACUGGGGAGGACGGUAGACCAAUGUACCAGAUUGGACUCGUGGCGAGCGGAUACUUUGAGAUUCAGAUUAUCCGUCGAGAGAGGCCAGCGAUGAGCACUGAGACCCAGGAAGAACAAGAGCAGCAGAUGCAACUUGUAGAAGAGGAACUGACGUCUCUGGGACUGGUGCCGGCAAGUUUUCCGUUGGUGGGGCGACAACCAGGCUGGAACCAGAAAUCUUACGGUUACCAUGGAGAUGAUGGCCGCUUUUAUCAACAAACCACGAGGGGGCGACUAUUCGGACCUCGCUUCGGGGUGGGCGACACUGUGGGCUGCGGUGUGCGGCGGAAUAUGAGCACAGCCCAGUCGCACGUCUUCUUCACAAGCAACGGCAAAGAGCUUGAUCGGGUGGUGGAAGGUGACAUCGAGAGCUCUCACACGAGCUGGUACCCGGCAAUCGGUGUGGACUCGUACAACGAAGUUCGCGUCAACUUUGGACAGGAGCCAUUUGCACACGACAGCAUUGUGGAUGAACUGUUUGCCGAAUGUGAGCUGGGUGUGGUUGGUAUGAAAGAUUUGCCCUGGCAUUAUAUCCGGGAAUACAGCAUCGAGUGCUUGGUGUGGCGUCGCCAACAGACAAGUAAGGCACGAGCUCGUGCCACGUCGGAGGAAUGGAAGGAUGCUAUCUCUGAAGACGAGCAGGGCGAGGAAAUCUGUGUGAAGAAAUGGAUGAUGGGGAUGCUGACACGCCGACAGCAGAACCGACUUGCUUCAAGCGAGGAAAACGCAAAUGAUGAGCGCUUCUCGUAACAUCAGUUGGAGCGCUGCCAUUAAGAAAGUUACUACUUCGUAGUAC